AUGAAAUUUGUUACCGUAUCUAAUUACAUUUUAUUAGUAUCAGUUAUAAAUAGUGUAGCAGCUAAUGAUGUUAAAGCCAAAAGGUUCAACUUACUAGAUUGGUUGAAUGGUUCUGGUUCAUCAUCAAGUUCUAAUAACGUUGCCCAAGCAGCUGCCGAACCUGCAGCAGCAGCAGCAGCCACAACAGCAGCUCCAGCAGCCGUUGAAGAUGCAGCUGACGACACUCCAAUAAGUUCAUCAUCAUUCGAUCUUUUUGAUACCACUUCAUUAUCCAAUUCAUCAUCAUCAUCAUCCAGCACAAGAACUUCAAGUCGUUCGUCCACACGUUCAAGUUCAAGUUCCAUAGUGGGUACCACUACUGCUUCCACAUCAGAUGAUGAUUUAUUUGCUAAUUUAAUGGUGGAUGAAACCACAUCCAGUUCAGAUUCAGAAUCCAGUUCAAGUUCUGCUCCAACUUCUACUAGAGCUAGUAAAACUGGUUCAUCAUUCUUGGAUGCAUUCUUUGGCCUCGACAGUGAUGAAGAUGAAUCUAGUUCAAGUUCAGAAUCUAGUUCAACUAAAGCUUCAAGUUUUAUUUCUUCAGUUGCUGCUUCUGCUACUACCACAGGUAGAGGAAAUUUAUUUGCUAAUUUAUUCAGAGCCACUGAAACUGGUUCCAGUUCAGUUGAUCCUUCACCUAGUGUUUCCAGUACUGAACCAUCUGCAACUGGUAUUGCAAGAUUAUUAGCUGACUCAUCAAGUGAAGAUCCAUCAUCAGUUACUUCAAGUGCUUCUGCUUCAGCAACUGGUAGAUCCCAUGGUUUAUUAUCUUUCUUAGGAUUAGAUGACUCUGAUUCUGAUUCUGAAUCAGUUUCUGAAUCAAGUUCAAGUAUUACCAGUGAAGAAGCUUCUUCAACUGAACCUUCAUUCUUUGCUGCUUUAUUGGAUGGUGAUUCUAGUGAUGUUUCUAGUUCAACUGAUGAUGGUGAUGAUUCUGAUUGUGAAGACGAAACUGAUUCUGAUUCACCAACUGAUUCUGUUACAGAUUCUCCUUCAACUACUGGUCCAAUUAGAGUUCCAUCUGACGAUGCUGAUUCAACCUCUAAUACUAGAUCAUCAGCUGCUACUUCAUCAGUUUCUGAUGACGAUGACGAUGAUGAAGAUUGUACCGACGAAGAUGAAAGUACCUCAGAAGAUCCAACUGUAUCAACCGAUGAUCCAGUUGGUACAUUAGACCCAACCAAUGCUGUUGGUGAUGUUUCACUUUCCGCUGAUCCUUCAUCUACUAGUUCAUUUGACGAUGAUGAUGAUGAAGAUUGUUCAGAUGAAGAUUUAUCAACUGCUUCAGACGAUCCAGUUAUCACUGAUGAUCCAUCUAUUAGUGUGCUUCCAACUAGUAUUGAAGGAGUUUCUUCCAUUGAAGCGGAUCCUUCUAAUGUUAGUUCAGUUGAUGACGAUGACGAUGAAGAUUGUUCUGACGAAUCUACUGCUUCAGACGAUCCAGUCAUCACCAGUGUCCCAUCCACCGAUGCCGAUGUUUCUACUGAUGAUUCUGUUUCAACCGCUACUUCAUCUGAUGAUGACGACGAUGAUGAAGAUUGUUCAGAUGAAACAACUGCUAGCACUGUCACCACUGGUAAAACCGGAUCUACUAAAGGCACCACCAAUACCUCCGAUGAAGGAACUGAAACUAAUACCACUGAUUUUGAAGAUGAUGGUGAUGAUGAUGAUUGUACCACUACUGAAGAAAAUACAAUCACUUCCAAAACAACUGUCACUACAACUGAUUCUAAAGGAAACACUGUUACCACCACCAAACAAUCAGUUGUCACUGAAACUUAUACUGAUGAAUUCGAAGAUGAUGGUGAUGAAGUUUGUGAAACAUUAACUUUAACCAACUAUCAUACUACUGUUGUCACUGUCACUAAAGGAGGAAAAGUUGAAACUGUUACUACUACUAUUACUAGUGAAAUGAAAAUCGCUUCAACUCCUUCACCAACUCCUGAUUGUGAUGAUACCGAUGAUGACUUUGAAGAUGAAGAUGAUUAUUCAGGAUCAUCAGGAUCAUCAGGUAGCUCAGGAAGUUCAGGUAGCUCAGGUAGCUCAGGAAGUUCAGGAUCAUCAGGAUCAGGAUCAGGAUCAGGUAGCUCAGAUUAUGAUGACGACUUUUACAAUGAUGGUGAAGAAUGUUCUUCAUGCCCAAGUGACUGUUCUGCCGUCCAAUGUGAAGCCGAUGAUGAUGAUGACGAUGAUUUUAGUUUCAUGGACCUUUUAGAUUAUUUCUUCGGUGGAGAUGAUGACGAUGAUGAUGAUGAAGAGUGUAAUACUGAUUGCGAUGAAUGUCAAGUUGCAACCACAAAUGUAUUUAUGGCUGCAACCACAACCGCUGCUGCUCAAACCACACAAGCUCCAGUGGAAGACGAUGAAUUCAUAAACGAUGGUGAUGAUACCAGUUGUUUAACAACUGAAACAUCUACAUCCAUUGAAAAAACCUCCAAACCAAAAAUUUUAGAAAACAUUGCUAACGCUACAAAUUCUUCAAUUGAAGUAACUCCUUCAAAUAGUGGUAAUAUUAAUUAUCCAAGCUUAUUAGUGAUUGGAUUAAUUAGUUUAUUAUUAAUUUAA